AUGGCAGGAGGUCAUCACGCACCAUUUCACGUUUCAAAAGUACACAAACUCCUUUCAGUUGGUUUAGGUACAACUGUUUGGUUCUGGGUUUUCUACAGAGCAAAACAAGAUUGGAGAACUUUCGUUGGUGUAAAUUAUCCAUGGGAUCAUAUUGAAAAACAUUAA